AUGGAGAGGACGAUUAUUUUCUGUAUGCUUUUCUUCUUUUCCAGUACAGUGCUGGCUGCAGCUUCACACAGAGCAGUAAAAUACAGACAGAUUCUCCUGGUAAUUGAAAAGUUAGAACACGCAGUGAAAGAUAAGGAUGUUGAAUGGCUGCAUACACCUGAAAACCCUGUGGAGGGAUGUGUGGACACAGCUCUGAGCUGCUUCAAGAACGGCACACUGCAAUUACAACCCUUAAACAGCCAAGUGAACGCUACGUUCACCAAAGCCAUCAGAGUCUUCAGAAAAUACACCAUCAGAAGUCCUGGAAAGCAGUGUGAGUCUUCAUGUGAAUCCUACAAGAAGAAACCCCCCAAAGAGUUUUUGACGAGCUUUGCAAAACUAAUCCAAAAGUUACUCAAGAACGAAUAUAGCGCACAACAGAGCUGAAGGCUGCUGAAAAUCUACUUCUUAAAGCAGAC